AUGAAUCUACUCACUCGGGCUCUGGCAUCCCUGCCCACCGGAGCCAACGACACCGACGUGCUCAUCAACACCGUGCACUUCGAUCGCGAUGCUCUAAACCUAUACAACUACACGCUCUACACCAACGGUACUCUCUCCAACGGCACAGAAUGCUACCUGAUCUUCGACCAGUUCAAGCCCCAUCUCUUCGCGGAGAACGGCACCGUCGUCAAUGGAACCUCGUGCUAUGCCCCCGUCAACCAGAUCGGUCAGCAUGCAUCCAUCGGCAUGGCGUUUGCUUUGAUGUUUGCACUCUCAAUCUUCUUCACUCUGAUCAAUGUGCGCAAGCACGGGCGGCAAUAUCUGCCUGUUGAUCCUCGUCGGCGCGUCCUGGGUCGGAAGAUGAAAUGGUAUUGGUUGUUGGUUGUCGCUGUCUGCGGCACGAUUAGCUGUUUUAUGAGUAUCGAUGUCGAUCGGAGUUAUUUGCAGAGUGCGCCGUUGAUCAUCCAGAGCGUGUUCUAUACAAUGCUCAUGCCGGCGUUGAUGGCGGCUGUUUGGGAGGCCGUGAGACAAUGGGGCUCUUGGCAAGAGCGUCAAAUCUGCGAUCGUGACCCUUACGUCUUCACCAAUAAGUCCAACAGCAGUGGCAACCGCAGCCGCCAAUGCCAGGAAUUCCUCCUCCCGAUCCUCUUCUACGCCUUCGCGCUAAUCAACUUCGUCCUAACGAUCCCCCGCUCCUGGUCCCCCAUCGAACACCAACAGAGCCCGGAGCAACAAGAACUCGACGCCCGGCCCGUCGCAACAGACACGCGGUUCCGCGUCGCUGCAUUCACUGCCCUCGCGGGGAUGCUCGUCAUCUGCUGUGCCCUGGAGCAUAGCAUCUAUCGCUACAAAGCCCGCCCGGCAACCAUCCUCGGCCAACUGCUCUUCUACUUCAACGAGGCGCCGUCGCAGUUCCUGGUCCUUAUUGCGCUUUUAGGCGUGAAGAUCGGGUAUGCGAUUGCUUCCGCGUUUGAUUGGUCGGUGUCGCCGUUACGGUAUGAUGUUGAUGUUGGAUGGCUUUACGGGCUGGGAUAUACGCCUGUUCUAUUGGUGAUCGUGGUCAUGAAUAUGUGUGGAUUCUGUGAGUUGAACGAGGAUCAAGCGUUGAUUGCUCAGCGGGGUGAUCUUGAAGCUGCGCGUGCCAGCAAGUUCGGUAUCGGGAGGAAGAAACCGAGUUGGUGGAGUAAUGCUGCUCGGUGGACGACGUUUGCGAGGGAUGGUGGAGAUCGUCCUUCGUCGCCGGAUAAGGGUGAUUUGGAUCAUUUUGUCGAGAUGGGUGUUAUUAAGCCGAGGGCGCUGGAUGAGCAGCAGGAGGCUGGGGAGGAGAAGAAACCGGGUGAGGGUGCUCGUGUGACUACUCGUACGGCUAGUCAUGGGAGUAGUGAGUUGUCUGGCACGGAGAGCGCGUCGGGGGAUCGGAUGGAGGUUGUUGUUCAGGAGGAACAAUCGGGGCAGUUUCUCGGAUGA